UAGUUUAAAUGAAUGGUCAAUGUUCAAGUUAAAUAACUAUUUAGAUAUUUAUUUUUUUAUUUACUGUCUUAAGGAGUCUUAAACAGACUUGACGUCCAUUUUCCGGAAGUGGCGCCACAUUAGCGUUAACUGACCUCACCUGUGGUGGUCAGCACGGUGCUGGUGAAGAAGAGAGACGACACGAAGUCCCAGUUACGACGGCUGCUCUUACGCAGCACAGACACGCCGUAAUUGUUGGCCUCCAGCGCCCGCGUGAGGAUCUCGCGGAGGCUGUCGUCCGACACGCAGGUGUUGUUGGCCAAGAAGUCCCGGUGGCUGGCUUCCAGCUUGCUGCGGAGCCGGACCUCGUAGGGCAGCUCGACGGCAGAGAAGAUGCCGGCGCCGACCAACAAGUAGGCGGCGUAACCGACCACCAGCAGUGCGAAGUUGAGCGUGGCCCGGUUGCGCUCGGCGAAACGGGCGCAGACGCCCCCCAUAACGCCGAGAAUGGGAAGAGGAAGAAGGCACUUUGGGGAAAAUGAGAACAAUGCAACUGGCUUUAAUGAUGACUUCUUCCUGGUUCGUCAUAUCACCAGAGAGGAAGUGGUGACGUCACUCACCUGCCCAGUAAAGAGUCUAAGAAACCUGUUCAUCAACAAUGUCGUCAUUGUCGUCAUCUGGAUCACAAGCGUCACCUUGCCCGUCCAUGUCCAGGUCCUCUUGUCCAGAGUUUGGCACCGAGGGGCAGUUGUCCUGUAGCCAAGCGGUAGUUGGAUCCCAGGUCAGUCUGUUGUUGGGCCAUCCGUCCAGAUCGGCAUCUUCUCCGCAGAGAAAGCCAUCACCCGCAAAGCCAACUGCGCAUACGCAUUUGUACAAGACCUCCGACGCCAGACCGGAGUAGAAACAGUCGGCGUACUUGUGGCAGGCGUGCGUCUUGUCUUUGCACGGAUUGUAUGGUGUACACACCUACGACCGAAGCGGGGCAGCAGCAUCAAGAUUUUAGGCCGAGACCAAAGAGCUGGGUGCCUUUGUAUCGAGGAGGACAGGGUAGACAAUGGAAACCGGGGUCUGUGUUCACACACCCUGUAACACACACUCCCUUCACUUCGCACUGCACACCAAAACAGACAUAGGAGUGAGUGCCAUUGCCGUGGGAACCCAAAGGACACUGGCCGCAUUGCCAGGAGCCGUCACUACUGGAUGUGCAUUGCACCCCUGGAAAGCACGGUGAUGACAGGAGACAUGGGUCUGAAAACAUACAAGACAAAAGUCAAAGUGGGAUGAAACAUGAGCCCUGGGGCAUACCAUGAUGUCAUGUGAAUGUGAAAAGCACUCGUUCAGAGGUUUCGUAGUCCAUAGCCUCUCCACCACAAAAGCUCCCGCCAAAUUGCGGUGAAGGGUUCAAACACUUCCUCUCGCGACUCAAAAGGCCACCCCCGCAUGACUUUGAGCAUAGGCCCCACUCAGACCAUGAGGUCCAGCCUCCUGUUCUUCGAGAAGAUUUCCGGUGACCAGUCUCAUGUCGCGGAUGUCUGCGUGCAGCUGCACCAGUUCCUGGCAUGGGUGACGACACACCGUCGAGGUCACGUUGACAACAUUGGCGUUAUGCGCCCCUGCAGAAGUAUGUGGCAAAACCAAAGCAAACAUUUGGAUAUGACCGUGGGUGGUGUACUGACUGCCGGUCCCUCCGAGUUGGUCCCUCAGAAGGAAUUGGUUUAUAAUGGGCUCUUGCCUUACGCCGACCGGCUGGACCAGGAAGCCUCGGAACUUCUGGCGGACAUCAAGUUUAACCUUUCCAGAGCUGUGCUUCUCCGGGAACUCUGGCCUGGUGUUGCCUUCUGGUGCAGGAAGCUAUUGUCAUUCCUAAAGCUUUACGGCCGGAGAUUCAGCAAGGACGACCAUGUUCUGUUCAUCAAGCUGCUUUACGAGUUGGUCACACUCCCAGGCUUGGAGCCCCACAUGAUGCAGAACUACGCCCGGCUGCUCAUCCAACUCCUCAAGAAAAAGGAACUGCUUUCAAGGGAUGACCUCCAGUUGCCAUGGCGACCGCUCCACCAGCUCUACGAGAAGGUGGUCCACUCCAAGACAGAGCAUCUUGGGCUCGUCUGGUUCCCCAAUUCAUUGGAGCACAUUCUGAAGGCAUUGGUCAAAAGUUGCAGACCGUACUUCGCUGCCUCGUCCACCAAGGAGAUGUUGGAUGAGUGGCGCCCCCUGCUGUGCGUGUUCGACACAGUCAUGCAGAAAGCCAUUGCCACUAUGGAGCUUUUCCUGCCCACCAUUAUGCCCCCUGAGGAGCACGCACAAGGUUUCCGACUGUGGUUUGAUGAAUUGAUGGAUCUUUGGUUGUCAGUGCAAAAUCAACCGAGCUGGGAAGGGCACUUAGUCAACCUGUUUGCUCGUCUCGCCAACGACAACAUUGGCUACGUGGACUGGACGCCUUACAUUUCCACAAUCUUCACGAGAAUCCUGCGCAGUUUAAACCUGCCUGUUGGAGUCAACCACAUGGUGGCGCUGCGCUACCUCACAAACUCCUACGACAUUGGACACCUGGUGUUGUGGAUCACGGCCUUGCUGGGUGGACCAGGAAACCCCGCGCAGAAAGAGUUGACCCGUCUCUUUAACAGCAUCGCUUCCUUUUAUCAUCCGUCCAAUCACGGUCGCUGGCAGUCUCGCCUCAUGCGCCUACUCCAACGUCUGCCGGCAAGCGUGGUGCGUCGGGCGCACCGUGAACGCCACGCCACCCCCGGCUGGAUCACGCUGGUGCCCGAAAGUCAGCGGCUCACUGAUGAAGAUUUGGAAGAUUUCACUCGCAGCCUCACAGGCGCCGCCCUGCUGGCCAUGUUUAGUAAGACCGGGAGCACAGAUGCCGCGUUUGCCCUGCAAAACCUGGCUCUCCUCACACCACAAUUAGCCAUCCCACCUGUGCUGGAGAAGACGUACGCGGCGAUGGAGACCCUGACGGAACCGCACACCCUAACCGCCACGCUCAGCUGUAUGAUCGGCAUGGCGCGCAGCCUGGUGGCCCCCGGCGAGCGCUACCCGGAAGGCCGUUUGCACGUGCUGCCCUUGCUUAUGGGCUCGCUUCCAGGAGUAGACCCCAACGACUUUAGCAAGUGCAUGAUAACCUUUCAGUUCAUCACCACUUUUACCACGCUGGUGCCUUUGGUCGACUGUUCGUCUGCACCAUCUCGACAUAGUGAUCUAACAGAGGUGGAAAAAGAGUUGUGCUUUGCUUCUGCUGAGUUCGAAGAUUUUGUCCUACAGUUUCUGGACAGGUGCUUUGCUUUGAUCGACAGCAGCACACUGGAGCAGACGCGAGACGACGCGGAGACGGACACUCAGACGCAGCUGGAGAGUUUGGUGGAGAUGGGGCUGUCGUCCACUGUCAGCACCGUCCUCACGCAGUGCUCCACACGCAUAUACAUGGUGGCACUGCAGAAAGUGUACAACUUUGCUACCUCCAACAUCUUUGAGACAUGCGUGUCAGGGAGAAUGGUGGCCGACAUGUGCAGAGCGGCCGCAAAGUGUCAUCCUGCUGAGUCGCUCCGACUCUUUGUCCCUCACUGCUGCAGCCUCAUUUUCCAACUUACUGAAAAUGAGGACCUCCAGAAUGAAGAGGAGCUGGAUAAAGAAUUGCUUUGGAACCUCCAGCUGCUAUCUGAGGUGACCCGCGUGGACGGCGAGCAGCUGUUGCGGUACGGCGACGAGCUGGAGCGCGUUCUCGGCACGUGCGUGCGUCUGCGCUGCAAACGGGCGUACGCGCUGGCCGCAAGCCUGCUGGAGCACACGCUACGCUCGCUCUCGCUCGUUUAUCCGACUGAGUACCGCAGCACGGCGGGUGGCUUCGGACAAGAACUCCCCGUACGAGAUUGGGGUCAACCUGGCGAUCUCAAAGCUUUGUGUUUGUGCUGGCACGUUCCGAGUUUGGACGAGGAGAAUUUUGUUUUCCUGCUUUUGUCCCGCCUCCUUAAACCUGAACUGGAGCGAAUUGGGGGCCACGUUUCAGGGGACCAGCCAAUGAGCAGGGAAGAGCUGUUGCAGAGCCUUGCCAUCGUGCAUCACAGCCUUCUCGGGGCUGGCAGGUUGUUGCCUCCUCUUGAUGGACCUCCCGUAGCAGAUCUAGUGCCCUCCAUGGUCAACCUGGGGGAGUUCAAGCUAUACAUCGGCAUGGAGUAUGAUGAUUCGCGCGAGAAUUACCGAGAGUCCAUCUGCCGCACAAUGAGGCUGCUGCUGCAUCACAUCCUGCAGCACACAGAGGAUGACACCAAGUCACUCUUUGUCAUCAUUAAGAUCAUCGGCGACCUCCUGUUUUUCCGAGGCACGCACAAGAAAGAGUUUGACUCCCGCUGGAAGAGCUUCACACUGGUCAAGAAGUCGAUGGAAAACCGGCUUUACGGAAAGAAGCAGCAUAUUCGGGCACUGCUCAUCGACCGGGUCUUACUGCAGCACGAGAUGAGGAAGCUGAUGGUCGAGGGCUGCGAAUACAAAGAAGUCCACCAGCAGCUGCUUUGUGACCUUCUGCUACUGUCAACCAGCACUUACAGUCAGGUCCGUAGCAGGGCCCAGAAUGUGCUGACCACCGCGCUAGCGACCUACAGCUUCUCCUACCGGGACCUGAUUCCUCGAAUUGUGGAACUUUUGUCGCCGCAACAAUCUGCGAGCACGCAACAACAAUUCAAGGGGGCGCUGUACUGCUUGCAAGCGGCGCACAGUGGCGUUUGCCUGGCAAGUCUUCGUGACUGGGACUGCGUAGGCGCCGUUUGGCCAGCACUGGUCCGCUGCGGUCUGUCGCCCUCCACAACCCUAGACGAGCACUCCGUGGGUCACCUAUUGGACGACAUCGUCGAUCGGAUCCACAGGCAGCACGACACUGUUGGCAUAUUUUUUACCGUAUCCGAAAGCUGCGUUGAGAUCGCCAAACAAAUGGCACCUUCGCAGACUCUCUCUGUCGAGGAGCUAAAGGAGGGUCUUCAACGGCAGAGAAUUAGAAAUGUCGUUAAUGCCCGGAAAUAUGAGAAGCUGGUUAAUGACCUGUUGGACUGCCUUGAAGACAGAGAGCUGCCUUGGAAGUUUGAGCACACGGCUGCAGAUUUACUGUCACUCCUGCUUAGGGACGAUCACCCACUACCGCCGGACGCCGUCCUCUACUUUACACAAAGCCUAAUUCAUGACUCCAUAAGCAUACGCAAGGUGGCAAUAUCAUCAAUGGCAGCUAUCCUGAAACAGCUCAAAAGACCACGAAGGAAAGUCGCAGUGAAGCUGUCGGACAUUAGUGGUGUGGCGGACCCGGAGGGCGUGUGGGUCGGGGACCGGCAGGCCAACUGCUGGUUGCAGUACAGCAGUGCCGACCUGCCCUUCAGCGAGGAGGCGUGGGACUCGCAGCUGCACGUGGAGAAAACGCACGUGGGCUACUACUCGUGGCCGAGAGAAAUGAUGAUCUACGCUCCUUUACAAAAGCUGAAAGAUGAUCUGCCAUAUGAGGAGAUGAAUGAGUCAGAAAAGAUCAUUUUUGAAUAUUUCUCCGACCCGGAGUUCAUCGAGCAACUGAUGGAGUUCCUGUCUUUGGAAGAGCGGAAAGGAAAAGACAGCUUCAACCCUCGACGCUUCUGUCUCUUUAAGGGCCUGUUUCGCAACUAUGGUGAUGUCUUCCUACCUCUACUGCGGCCGCACUUGGAGCAGUUGUCCGCCGACCCGCACGAGAGCUCGCAGCGUUGCGUUUGCGAGAUCGCCGCCGGGCUCAUCCGGGGAAGCAAACUGUGGAGUUUCAGCAAGGUCGACAAAUUAUGGCAUUUUUUGUCUCCACUGAUCAAGAUGGCAUUGACCAACGUGACUGUGGAAACCUUCACAGACUGGGGCACCUGCGUCGCCACUGCAUGCGAGGGCCGUGAUCCCAGAAAGCUCCACUGGCUGUUCGAGCUGCUGAUGGAGAAGCCGCUCAUCGGCGAGGGAAGCUCAUUCCGAGACGCCAGUUUGCUGUACGUGCUCCAGGGCGGUCUGGCCCAGCAACAGUGGCGAGUGUCCGAACUCCUGCACAGGCUCUUGGCUUACCUGGAACCCAAACUCACGCACGUGUACAAGAACGUACGCGAGCGCAUCGGCAGUGUCCUGACCUACAUCUUCAUGAUGGACGUGGCCCUGCCCCACACGCAGCCCACUUCCUCCCCCCACGUAGCCGACUUCGUCACCCGGGUGCUGGAGCGGCUCAAGCCCCUCACGUCCGAGGCGGAGAUUCACAACCACGUGCGCGAGGAGAACGCCCCCGAGACCGCCGACGGGCGCACACAGGCUGUCAAGCUGCUCAAGACGGUCUUAAAAUGGCUGCUGGCCAGCGCCGGGCGGACGUUCACCACGCCUGUUCAGCAGCAACUUCAACUCCUGCCUCUGCUUUUCAAGAUCGCCCCGGUGGAGAUUGAUGAGAGUUAUGAUGAGAUGAAACAGGACGCUCGCACAUGCCUCUCUCUGAUGUCCCAGGGCCUGCUCUAUCCCCGACACAUCCCUCUCGUCUUGGCUGCCCUGGAAGAGAUGGCCGGCAGCAGGUCGUGGCACGCGCGCUACUCUGUGCUGACCUACCUACAGAUUACGGUCUUCUCCAACUUAUUCACUUUGCUCAGCGUGCCCGCGGAGGUGCAGCGCGUCCGCAAGCUGGUCAUGCGUCUGCUGUUGGACGAGCAGCUUGAGGUGAGGGACAUGGCAGGCACCACCCUGAGUGGUUUACUGCAGUGCCACUUCUUCCCUCUGGACCGCAGUCUGCAGAUUCAACUGCAGACGCUGAGUCACACGCGCCUACCCAAGGCCAGAGGAGAGCUGGCUUCCACUGAUCUGGUGCGUCGCCACGCGGGAGUUUUGGGCCUGAGCGCGUGCAUCCUGUCCAGCCCUUAUGACGUCCCCACCUGGAUGCCGCAGAUUCUGAUGGACCUGAGUGACCACCUCAACGACCCGCAACCCAUCGAGAUGACGGUGAAAAAAACCUUGUCGGAAUUUCGUCGCACACACCACGACAACUGGCAAGAGCAUCGGCAGCGCUUCACCGACGACCAGCUGCUGGUGCUCACAGACUUGCUGGUGUCUCCGUGCUACUACGCUUAAAAAAAAAAAUCUGAAUGCUGGCAACUUUUGGUCCAUCCCUCCAUCUGUUUUUAUUUGUUUGCUGGAGUGACAUUUAACAAAAGCUGGGAGCGGCACCAGUGAGUCAACCUUCACCUUCCCGAGGCAAGGAUGAAAUACUCCCUGGGAAACCGGUUUGGUUUGUCUUUUAAAAGUCAAUAUUGUUUUCUAAUUAAUUCUGAGGCUCAUUUUCAUUCAUCGUGGCAAUUUGGUCAAGGUCUCGCAUAAUCAGUCGUAUGCUAAAUAUAAGUAUUUAGCUCUGUAAAUAUGUACACUAUGUAUUUAAGGUUAACAUAAAUCAAAUCACGUAUAGAGUGGACAUUGCAUCGCAUUUAUUGUUACAAAUGCUGAUAUUUUGCAUAAAAUUGUGGUUUAAAAUGCUUUACACAAGUAUGUAAUUGUUAUUCCUAUUAUUUAUAUAUUUAAGUCUGUGAAAUAUAUACAGUAUAUAUGUAAUCUAUACUGAUCAAUAAAUGGCUCAUCUGCACAGAGAUGUACUUUUAAUUGAAUUCGUCUUGAACGUCAACAGGAUCGCCAGUUCCAAGCCUAACUUCAGGUAAGACCAAUGUUUCAAGACUUUAUUUUUGUGAACACGCACAUGAAGCUACAUUUACAAAAACCCAAGUCAACAAAAUAGAACAAAACAUUGUUAUACAUGAACUUUGUACCGACUUGUGGUUUAACACCUGCAUAGAAUCAUUUCCAGUUUGACAAGUCAUCCUGCGAUGUUUCAUGCUUUCAAAAACAGUAGCUUCCACUUCGUCUGUUCAUUUGGCUUUAGGCGUCCAUGUUUUGUUCUGGUAGAGUGAUGGCAUCAAGUGGUUUCGUGUCACUGGAAGCGUUGCGUGCCACACUUUGUACCAGAACACAUUCAAGCGGAAGGUAGCGCGUUUGCCUUGAGCUUUUUAUUCCUGUGUGCCAAAACAUAAACCCUGAGACUGAUGAGCAAAUCUAAGACCUCGACUUGGGAAUAAGUUACGAUCUUUGAAUUUUUUCACGCACUAGCGUCUCUAGACCAAACAAGUGCGUGUCGUUAUCCUCGGGCAGGAUGCUCCUGACGGCGUCGGCUAGUUCAAACAGAUACUCAGUGUUCUGCCCGCUAGGCCCUGUGGAGCACACAAUCUGAUUGGCUAUCUCCUCCAAAGAGGCGGGGCCAAGGUAGUUGGGGUUGUCCCGUGAGCCAAUGUAAAGCAGCGUCUGGCUAGGGGGCGGCGACAGAGGUGGCCGCGGGUGGAAGGCCACGACCAUAACGCGGUAGCCGCCUUUUUCCCUGUAGUCCAGUUGCUGCUUGACUUCCUGUUCGCGGCCUGUGGGAAGCUUAUAGGCCACGCCCCAAACACAACCCUGAUUGGACACAUGGAUACAGAACUUUAGAACGGUCACAGAUAUUCCCUUUAAAUAAUAUUUAUUUAUAAGAACCCUACCAUACCUAGUUUCCAGAAACAAUAUGCCAAAUGCAAAAAAGCUACGCUAACUUCCGCAGUAACAUUGUCAGAUAUGCAUCGCUAUUCUCUUUAAUGCAGAUUUUCUAAGCGUUAUCGGCUCCCCAGUCGAGAGGAAAAAAUUAUCUCCCGUCCAAGGUCACAAACAAGCAGUCAUCCUCGCUUUUGUUUCAGCGGAAUAGGCGAUAUCAUCUUUUUUAGUGCGCACUGUGACCUUGCUAGCUUCUGACAACGGGGCUCUUUUGUAUGCCGUCGGCGUGGCUAAACGCACUCAUACGGUGACAGCUUACAAGGUAGUAAAAGUUAUGAUCAUCAGCUGCUAAUUGGCGUUUUACUGCUGUAUAACGAGGCGUUGUUUCAUUAAUCUUCAUCUGUUAUGAUAGUAGAGGUGAAAAGUACAGUAGGUGUCAUAAACUGAGUGAAUAGCGUGAAAAAGAUGAUGUAACAUGGUGGCAUUUUGCUUAAAUAGAGAAGAUUCACUGUCUAAUUGAGCGUCUUUAGGUUUAGGCUACUUUUAAAUUAUUGGCUGCAAUUGACAGUGAUAGACGUCAAAUCUAAUUCAACUGGGAGGGGCUUGUAGUGAAUACAUAAUUUUUAAAUAAUUUUUAAAAAAAAUUAUGCACCAUAAGUUUGGGUCUUGUGGUGACCUAUGACCAGUUUUAUUAAUGGCGUUAGAGUAUAACACCGUUACUAACGGCGUUAUUUUUGACAGUAGUGAGUAAUCCAAUUAAUAACUAUCACCAUCUUUGCAACGCCGUUUCCGAUAAUGAGCAUGUGAAGUUGUGCGGUACUACAAGUGGUUGAAUCACAUGUGAGAGAGAGA